GCAGUAUCGUUGUUUUAAUCGUGUCGCAUGUUCGUCUCUUGCUCUGAUUCCCGAGGUCGCUUACCCCAGCCGCGUUGUACCAGCUGACAGUCACGCGCCUCAAUCAUGUUGCGAUAUCACUCCAGGUAUCAACACGCACAGCCUGGAAAGCAGCCGAAAUGGACCUGGAUUCUCCACAACAGUCCAAUGACGAUCCAGAGAUCCUACCAGACGCACCAGGAGUGGAACCGGAGACACCGCGAGUUCUGCACCGACUACUUCGCCAGCCCCGCAACGGAGAGCGCUGCUUUCGCCCUUUCAGCAUUGAUAUCGACUUAGAGUUGAUUCAAUCAUGGCGACGCGACUGCCAUAACUCGCAUGGCAGCUGCUGUAACGACCGUUACUCUGAGGCUUUGUCGCAGCACGUGAACGAACUAUAUUUCGUCGACGUGAUCCGUGGAUGUCUGGUUUUGAUGCCUAGUACGACUCCUUUCAUCGCUCUUUCCUACGUCUGGGGCGAUGUUCCUGUCUUGAAGACCAAGAGACAGAACCUGAAGUUCCUCCAAACAGAGGGAGUACUGCAUAGCGGCGCAGGACAGAGCUUCCACUCCAUGAUCCCUGCAACUAUUCGCGACGCAAUGUAUCUGGUCAAGAGCUUGGGAGAGCGUUAUCUGUGGGUUGACUGUCUCUGCGUCGUUCAAGAUGCAGGGAGUGCAGAGAUGAACGCGGUUCUCCAGGCAAUGGCGUACAUCUACGCCAGCGCUGAGUUCACAAUCGCCGUGGCUGACGGACACACCGCCAACCAUGGAAUCAGAGGGAUUGGUGGUCCAUCUCAGAAGCGCUGUGUGCAAGACUUCCCAGAUUCGGCUCAGCUGCGUAGAACAUAUAGGUACCCGGAGAACUCCCGCUGGGCCAACAGGGGCUGGACAUUUCAGGAAUCACUCUUCUCCCGCCGCUUGCUAGUAUUCGAUGUGGUAGUGUCCUGGUUGUGUGGGAAAGACGCACGACAUGAGUGCUUUGAGGAUCCUCCUGUUACACAUAAUGAUGCCUCGUUCCCGGACGAGCGGCUUCAUUCCGGAGCUCCCAUGGGGCUGAUGUCCUUACUACUCAGCGUGCCGUGUUUGGGUAGAUGGGGAUUGUUAGUACAGGAUUACUCUAGACGCAUGCUGACAUUCGAGGAUGACACAAUUCGGGCGUUUGCUGGAGCCACGAGUAUCAUGAACUCCAGAUUCCCGGGCGGGAUUCUGCAUGGCCUACCCGUGUUCUAUUUCGAUAUUGCAUUACUUUGGCAGCCGGAUGGCCCAGUGACGCGAAGAUUCGGACAACCCAGUUGGUCGUGGACGGGGUGGAAAGGUAGCAUACAGUGUCAGGGCAGGUGGGAGCCACAUUUUGCAGGCUUGUACUGUGACACUGGAGAACCUACGGAUUGGCUUGCAACGGCACCCUUGAGGCCUGUAGCGACAUAUAAGUGUAUGGUCCCUGAUGGAAUACCGACUUUGGAGACAGUCGGCUUCAACGACUUCUACAAAUAUCAGGCACUUCGAGACGAUAUCAGUCGCCCGCUUCCUACAGGCUGGACGCUACACCACCAUUCUCAGGGGCACUUUUACACAAAAGAUGACGUUUGUGGGGGUGAAUCACCAUACGGAUUUCCCUUGCCAGAUUCAGGGUCUUCGAAAUUGUGCUUUGCAGCAUCAACAUCCCCCUUACUGUUAUGCACGGGUCCAGUCGUCACUGUGACAAUUGGCGUUGUUUUCGGCCACUCCCCAAAUGCUCGGAUCCUCCAGACCCACGUGUACAACGAGUAUGCAAAAGCAGGACUCAUAUUUAGUGGGGCUGUUAACAGCCUGUCGGAUGUAGAGGCCGAUGUCGAAUGUCAGCUUGUUGCCAUCUCAGAAGCAGAAAUCAACCACCCGAAUUGGAUGGCUAGAUGGUACUGGUCCGAAUGCGGCGGAGACGACAAACAUGCCUGGCAGGUGUACAACACAUUGUCUCCGCACUUCUACAACGUGCUUUGGAUCCAGUGGGAAGAUGGUGUCGCGUACAGGAAAGCUCUGGGAAUGAUGAGCAAACAACACUUCGAUGCGCUGAGGCCCAGAAUUCUUAGCUUCAGCUUAGGAUGACCAUUAUCCAGAUUGCAACAGUGUUUCCGAGGGGUCAUGCUGCAUGUUUUGCUUUGUCCUGGCUGGAUCGUCGCACUACUUGUCCUUUGCGGUGAGCUUGGAUUCGGCGAAAUUCACCUGCGGUGAGACUCGAAACGGCCUCAACAUUCGUGCCAGCGUUGCGAGAAACGAGCCCCUAUCGUCGUACACAAAGUACUAUGGGGCUCAGCGAUUAUUUUGAGAGUCUCCAGUGGCGUGGUGUAAGCUGCUGACGUACACGUUGUGAGAUGAGCGUUAUGAGCAUCUGUGCAGAUCUACGUUUGGCUGAAGCUGUGGAACACGCGAGUAAGGAGCGCUGUGCCUCCCGAGCUUAGCGAAGCCCAUGUGUCACAUUCGCGUGAGAUGGCAAUCACUCUUG